AUGGCUGUAGAACCUGUUUUUACUCCGAAGGGUGAGUUGUGGAACAUAUAUAUAUGUCUCUUAGUUGCUCCAUACUACUUUACUUGGAACGCAUUCUGGGGGUUUUGGGCAUCGUUUUUUUGGACUAAUUGUAUAGGGAUAAGUCUUUCUUACCACAGAAACCUUAGUCACAAAAGUUUUAAGCUACCAAAAUCUCUUGAAUAUUUGUUUGCGUAUUUCGGACUUCAUGCUGCACAGGGAGACCCGAUAUUUUGGGUAAGCAUUCAUCGAUAUCACCACCAGUUCACAGAUUCGGAUAGAGACCCACAUAGCCCAAUUGAAGGAUUUUGGUUCAGCCAUAUGACUUGGAUUUUUCAACACUCUCGUCUCCGAGAAAAGUGUGGAAAACGGAACAAUGUAAUGGAUUUACAAAAUCAAGCUUAUUACAGAUUCAUAUACCUUUUGGGUUUUAGAAUAGCACUCGAAACCCACCUCUCAUUCGCGGUGAAUUCAGUGUGUCAUACAUGGGGGAAAAGGCCAUGGAAUACUAAAGAUUUAUCCAAGAACAAUUGGGUGGUAAACAUAUUAGGACAUGGAGAAGGUUGGCACAACAACCACCACGCCUUUGAAUUCUCGGCUUGUUUAGAACUCGAAUGGUGGCAGCUCGAUAUGCCUUGGUACGUUAUAAAGCUACUCGAGCAUUUUGGAUUAGCAACAGAUGUCAAAGUCCCUACUGAGAUUCAAAAACUUAAAAUGUCCUACGUAACUCCCAACGAAUUUCAUCAAAGGGAAAAGGACUGCUAAAUCUAUGGCUACCUUUAGUUAGUGACAUGGGUUGCAUAAUUCACUGCUAUGAAGUCUAAAGUACUUGAGGAAAUUUCUCUCUGUCACUUUCACUCGUUAGUAAGCUUAAUACACAAUCAUAAGGCACUCGAGAGAUUGGGUGUAAUGUCCUUGAGUGUACUGGUUAUGUAAUAACUAAAAAUGAAUAAUUUAUAAUAAGUGUAAUGAUGUAAACUUUUCCUUGGGCCACUGAUAGUAGCAGUUGUUCAAAUUUCAACCACUGGUGGCGGUUGUUCAAAUUUCAAUUUAGUUAGCAUUGAAUAAGAAU